GAGGGAGCAAAAGCCAAAGAGCGAAUUCAGUGAAAACGAAAGUAAAUGUUUUCAGGGAGGGGCUGUCGUUGUGAAUGUCUCCAUUUUUUACACAUUUGUCCGAGAAAAGGCGGAAAAUGUUCGAUCAGAUUGUGGGAAAGUAAGAGGCCUGGUUAUUCUGCUGAGACCCCACAAAGAUGGAAGGAGUUCACCUCAUCCUGCUUUUGCUGUUUGGGAUUCCAUGCUCUGUGUAUGGUGACUUCCGAGUGAGUGGCCCAGGCCGUCCUGUGGUAGCCGUUGUGGGUGAAGAUGCUGUCCUGGAAUGUUACCUUGUGCCGAAGGUAUUUGCCAACAACAUGGUGGUGCGCUGGUUUAAAUCAGGCAUUCGGUUACCGGUUCACUCAUACAGAAACGGGCAAGACAACACUGCUGCUCAGCAUGAGGAUUACAAGAAAAGGACUGAACUGUUUAAAGAUGAAGUGUCCAAAGGCAAUGUUUCUCUUCGAAUAAAGAACAUAAGGGUGUUUGACGAGGGGAAAUACCUGUGCACAGUUGAUGACAAAACAGCUUUUGAAGAAACUACGAUUGAGCUAAAAGUUGGAGCAGUGGGACGUGAGCACUGGAUCCAGGUCGAUGGUUACCAUAAAAAUGGAAUUCGGCUUGUGUGUGAAUCUAAUGGCUGGUUCCCGCAGCCCCAGAUAUCGUGGACUGGUGGAAGUGGACAGAACCUAACAGCAAAGUCUGAAAUAAACAAUCGACGUGACUCAAAAGGUCUUGUAAAUGUCCAGAGCAGUGUAAUUGUAACAAAAGAUCCAACAAACAACUUCAAGUGCCUCACACAUAACCAUCUUUUGAAAGAAGAACAAAAAGCAGACAUCCAGAUAGCAGAUGACUUCUUCCCAUCUGUCUCAGGCUGGCUGGUGUUUUUAUCUGUGGUGCUCUGUCUUCUCAUAAUUACUUUAAUCGCUGGGAUCCUUUGGGAUGUGAAACAACUCAGAAAUAUUAAAGAACUGCGGCAUGACAAGACGAUUGAACAAUACGGUCGGUGGAAAUCUGUCAGUGAUUCAGAUUGGAAGAAUAUUUCGAAGUGCAAAGUCCCUGUAAAUCUGGAUGCAGAAACAGCAAACCCAAAGCUUGAGGUAUCCAAAGAUCGGAAGAAGGUGAGAUUGACCCAGACAGCAUUGAGCGUCGACAACAAUGAAGAGAGGUUUACAGUCUUGGAAUCAGUGCUGGGAUCAGAGGAAUUUACUUCAGGCUCACACUACUGGGAGGUGGAUGUGGUGGGGAAUCAGCACUGGACUGUGGGAGUAGCCACACUAUCUGUGGAGAGGAAGAAAGAAAUCCAAGUGAAAGCAGAGAAUGGUCUGUGGACGAUUGGUAGGGCUGGGGAUAAAUUUCAGGCAAACGCUGAAAAUACAAUCGAUAUCCAAGCUGGUGAGGUUCCCACGAAAAUUGGUGUUUAUCUCAGUUAUGAGACCGGGACUGUUUCAUUUUACAGCGCAGAUACAAAGAUUUACCUGCACACUUUCACUGGAUGUGGAUUCACAGAGAAACUGUAUCCUUUCUUCAGUACAACAGUCUGUAACACGUGGCUGAGAAUCUGCCCAGUUUAACAUUGUUUCUGUGAAAAGUUUCUAACCUGAAGGUUUCUACAAAGUAUUUUACAGUUUAACAGGAAAAAAGGGACCUAGAAUCAUGCCAUUUUACAAAACGCUGUCUGAUUGUCUGAGCUUUUAAGUGAUGUAAUAUGCAUUUGAUCAGAUUCACAGAGAGGAGGUGGUUUCCCUCCAUGUAAACCACUGAUAGGCCAGGGAUUGUCUUACUUUGGAGAAGAGGAGGAGGAGGAGAGGGGACCUAAUUGAGGUGUACAAUUGAGGUAUCCCCUGAGAAAAAGAACAGGAAAUGACAUCGCCAACCCAAGGUAACCUAACCAGAUAAAUAUAAAGUGGGACAUAACACCAGCGCUUUUUCGGAGGCUCACUGAUGAUGUUACCUAGAAUGGUGACGAAACGUCUGAAAACUAACCUUCCAGCUCAGCGAGCAAACUCACAUCCAGAACCUCAACCUGAGCUACAAAUCUUCUCAAAACUCGCUGAGGUAUACAAGAUAAUGAGAGGCAUAGAUAGAGUUGAUAGCCAGAGACUAUUUCCCAGGGCAGAAAUGGCUAACACGAGGGGUCAUAGUUUUAAGCUGUUUGUAGGAAAGUAUAGAGGGGAUGUCAGAGGCGGGUUCUUUACACAGGGAGUUGUGAGAGCAUGGAAUGCGUUGCCAGCAGCAGUUGUGGAAGCAAGGUCAUUGGAGACAUUUAAGAGACUGCUGGACAUGCAUAUGGUCACAGAAAUUUGAGGGUGCAUACAUGAGGAUCAAUGGUCGGCACAACAUCGUGGGCUGAAGGGCCUGUUCUGUACUGUACUGUUCUAUGUUCUAUGUUCUAGAUGGAUUUGUCAUCCACCUGCUCCCAGGGGAGCUGAUGGCCGAGUGGUUUUAUCAUUAGACUGUUAAUCCAGAGACCCAGAUAAUGUUCAAUUUUUUUCUGAAAAGUCUGGAAGUCAGAGUCUAAUAAUGACCAUAAAUCCAUUGUCAAUUGGUGUAAAAACCCAUCUGGUUCACUAAUGUCCUUUAGGGAAGGAUAGUGCCCUCCUUACCUGGUCUGGCCGACAUGUGACCCCAGACCCACAGCAAUGUGGUUGACUCUGAACUGCCGUCUGGGCAAUAAAUGCUACCCUGGUCUACAAUGUGCUCGACCCAUAAAUUAAUAAGUAAAAUAAAAAGAUUAUUCUGGAAUCCAUGUUACCAGAGACUUCACUGUUUCAACUGAGUCUUAGGAUUGGAUAAUGUGACCUGUCCCUCAGUCUGGAAUCAGAUGAGGGUCAGCGCUACAAUAUACUUGAACAGUAAAUGAGCUGGAUUUUGAUGUGUAGAAUGAGUACCUGAUGUGGGAAGCAAUGUCAUACUUAGCAAAAGAUUUGAAAUGAAUUUGAGACAAAAUAGAAACUGUUGGUAUAGCUCAGCAGGUCUGGCAGUAUCUGUGGAAAGAAAUCAGAGUUAAUGUUUCAGGUCGAGUGACUGCUUUCCUUCAGGGUGCAGUGAGUAUGUAGCUAAUGGUUCAUGUGCUUUACUCUACAGCUUUUGUUCUUUCGAGUUAAGUUUAUGUGUACAAAAUGGAUAAAUGUAAAACAAAGUGCAUCUUCAAUUCCAUUACACCUGAAAGGUUAGGGCAAUGUUUCUUUUAACAUCUCCAAAUGUAUGAUCAUGAAAAAAUGUGGAAUUGCUUGGCUGGAGAGGCAGAGAUUUAGUGGUGAAGCUGCUUGCAAAGAAAUAGAGUUGAGGGAGAUGUUUUUAUCUGUAAUUUAGAGCUAAAUUAUGAUACAAGUUUUACAGAAAUCUGGUCUGAGAAGAAAUUGUAGAGGAAGAAUCCUCAAGAGAUCAGUGUGACUAUAGCCCAGGACAGGUUACAUCAUCAUGCUCCUGGGGAGAGCUUAAGGAGAUUUUCUGGUUUAAAUUUCUUUUUGCUGAGGGAGGUGGUUAGUUGUAGUUUGGAACUGGGAGUGUUGCAGAAAAGAAAUGGCUUCCAGCAACACAAGUACCGUCAUUCGCAGUCUCUAGGUAGUUCGGUCCCAGAGAGUGUGGCUCCAAACCUUUUGAAAAGGGGUUAAAAGACAGAAGCCCAGUGCAGCUGAGUGUGGGAUGAAGGAAGUUCACAAAAAGUUUUUGCUUCUGAGGCUGGACCUUGAAGAGUGAAGAUUCGGACUCCCUUGUGAAGGAAACAAAAUUUUGUGACACAAGGCGGUCACUAAUAUCUGGAUGGGUUCCCGAGAAAUCUACAGACCUUGUUGUGGUUGUAUCUGCCAUUCACAGUGCAGAAUAUCGGGGAGCCGAGCACGAUUUGUUUGUGAACUCGGGGUUACUAAGUUAAUUCUGAAUGUUCAAGUGUGAGUUUUUUAAAAAGACAGACAUAGCCUACUCCGUGUCCUGUUUUCCAGUUAAUACUGCCUGAACUGGUGCUUAUCUCCAUGUUCUGCUACUUUUGUUCAACUGUACGAAGCAUUUUGCUUUUCCUUGCACAGUGUGAAUUGUAUAAUUGAAUAUUAUGACUGCGAUGGGACAAUGAGCACGAAUAGUCAAGCCUCAUGACUCCUCCAGUGACAUCAUUUGUACAAAUGGAAAAUACCCAUUUGCUUCUCCUUUGUAUUUCUAAUAAACAUAAAAGAAACAUCA